AUGACAGCUAGAGAAUCCGGAAGAGUUAAAGAGGCGGAGAAACGGAGAGUCCUCGAUGAUGCAGCCAGAAAACGAAGGGCCAGGAAGGCCAUUGAGGCUCUCGAACAAGACAAUUUCCAUGAAGACCCCCACGCUGAUUUGGUCAUGUCAAAGAAAGUGCCAAAAUUUGCUGAUUCUAAUGAAAAACCAACUAGAAAGAAAAAGUCUAAGAGUGCAGAGUAUUACAAAAUGAGGUUCAGGAAAACAUUUGCACAAUUGGUUGAGGAAGAUGCCAGUUUCAGACCUGAUCCUCCUAACUAUCUUUCAGCGCAAGCUUCACCAUCAAAAUUUCCUGAUCGUCAUUUUUGUGCUGUGUGCGGAUUCCUAUCAAAUUACACUUGCAUACCUUGUGGAGCCAGAUACUGCAGCGUUCGAUGCUUAGGCACACACUUGGACACAAGAUGCCUUAAAUGGACUGCUUAGAUAUAAUUUAUCAAGCUAUUCGAGUGUAAUUAUUUAUCUGUAAGCCAAACUAAGUAAUUUGCAAUAAAUGAUUAUGCAUGUGUGAUGAAAAAAAA